GAAAAUAGUUCGCAUACACAACAGAGUUUGUCAUUUUCAAUCCCUUUUUCUGAUUUCAGAUUUUGGUUAUAGCGAGUAACACUAACAAUGACCGAUACUGAAGACGCCACACGACGCCGUAACGCGGUUACGGAGUACCGAAAGAAACUUCUUCAACACAAGGAAUUGGAAUCCAGAGUGCGAUCGGUGAGAGAGAAUUUGCGAGCUUCAAGAAAGGAGUUCAACAAAACAGAAGAUGAUUUGAAGUCUCUUCAAAGCGUUGGACAGAUCAUUGGCGAGGUUCUCAGACCUCUCGACAAUGAACGCCUGAUAGUUAAGGCAAGCAGUGGACCUAGGUAUGUAGUUGGUUGCCGCAGUAAAGUAGAUAAGGAAAAACUGACUGCUGGUACCAGAGUGGUUCUUGAUAUGACAACACUAACCAUAAUGCGGGCUCUUCCACGUGAGGUUGAUCCGGUAGUUUACAAUAUGCUGCAUGAGGAUCCCGGUAAUAUCAGUUAUUCCGCAGUUGGUGGUUUAUCUGAUCAGAUAAGAGAAUUGAGGGAAUCAAUUGAACUACCUCUGAUGAACCCUGAGCUCUUCCUUAGAGUCGGAAUAAAACCUCCUAAGGGUGUUCUCCUUUACGGUCCUCCUGGUACUGGUAAAACAUUGUUAGCUAGGGCAAUUGCUAGUAAUAUAGAUGCUAACUUCUUGAAGGUUGUUUCAAGUGCAAUAAUUGAUAAGUACAUUGGAGAAAGUGCCAGGUUAAUUAGAGAGAUGUUUGGUUAUGCACGAGAUCAUCAGCCUUGCAUCAUUUUUAUGGAUGAGAUCGAUGCCAUUGGUGGCCGUCGUUUCAGUGAGGGAACAAGUGCUGAUCGUGAGAUUCAGAGAACACUAAUGGAGUUGCUUAAUCAACUCGAUGGGUUUGAUCAACUUGGGAAGGUUAAAAUGAUAAUGGCAACAAACCGUCCCGACGUACUGGAUCCUGCUCUUCUGCGUCCUGGAAGAUUGGAUAGAAAAAUAGAGAUUCCAUUGCCAAAUGAACAAUCUAGGAUGGAAAUUCUGAAGAUUCAUGCUGCUGGGAUAGCUAAGCAUGGUGAAAUAGAUUAUGAAGCCGUUGUGAAGCUUGCUGAGGGCUUCAAUGGAGCUGAUCUUCGAAAUGUGUGCACGGAAGCUGGAAUGGCAGCAAUUCGUGCAGAACGUGAUUAUGUGAUCCAUGAAGAUUUUAUGAAGGUGAGUUCUUUUACUCUGACGAAAGCUAUUUUUCUGUCUAUUUAUCAGGCUCAAGGGUUAGCCCUCAUCACUCUCUGGAACAAUAACUUGACUAAUUUCUUUGGUGCGCAGGCUGUUAGAAAACUGAAUGAUGCAAAGAAACUUGAAUCCAGUGCUCCCUACAGUGCUGAUUUUGGCAAAGACUAGACUAUUAUGAAAUUCUUAUUCAUGAAUAUCUAGGCAGUACAUCUUGACUCAAAUUCUUCGUGCAAUUAGGUUAUGUACUACUAAUUACGGCCAGCAACAAUCUAAUAGUGAGUUGGAAUUUAGUUUCUCUUCAAUCCAGCUAGCUAAGCUCUUUUUUAUAGUUAUUAUACUAAUUUGAGGCGUUGGUGAUCUGAGUGUUGCGUUGUGAACUCUACCUUCCGUGUAAACACUAGUGGAAAAAAAAUUAUUUUCCGUCUUUUCUUUAUAUUAUGGUGACAUUUUUAUAUAUAUGAAUAUUUUUUUGCACCUUAGUUGAAAUUUUAAUGGAUGUAGAAAGUGGUUUGUUAA